UCUGUUUGUGGUUGUUAGGAAGCUGCAGGACCCAGAUAUAACAGAACAUUUGGAAGAAAACCAAGAAGAAAAUGAGCAAAGACUUUGGCCAAGAGCUAAGGGACCAGAUCAAUGAUGUUCUGAGCCGACUAGAAAGCAAGGAGAUGUUCCAGUCCCCCUGGGACAUUGCAGCGUUUGCCAUUUUCUUUACUUUCAUUGGUGUGGUUCUUUUGAUGGCCCUCCUUGUGCUUAUCCGCUGCUUUUGCUGCUGCUGCGAUUGUGACUCCCCUGGAUCGUACAAAAAGGUCCCCGGAAGGAAAGUUGGCAUUGACAACAAAGGCAUGGAGCUUUAGUCUUGCUGUGACAGACCGCCUAAACAACCAGAAGAACGUGUGUGUGUGUGUGUGUGUGUGCUUUAUUUGGGG